AUGAACCAGCCCGUUCGGAAUAAGAAGGAAAAGUCUCGAAGUGGUUGCCUCGUGUGUAAGCGACGGCGCGUCAAGUGCGACGAGCAAGAGCCGAGCUGCCAGAGAUGUAUCAAGAUUGGGACCGAAUGCCCCGGGUACAAGAGACCCGUGAAAUGGUCUACCAAAUAUGAGAAGACGGCGGUCCCUGACCGCAGCCCGACCAAUGUUUACAGAGGAAAGACUUCCAGACCGGCUGAACGUGACCAGAGACUCCCAGUGUUGCCGGAGAAUCCGACAUUGCUGGCACCUACACAUCUUGAAGAUGUACCCCGUCCAAUUGAGACCAGGGAAUUCGAUACUGUCUUGGUGUCAGGCACGUUGAAGAGCAUAGGUACCAUCAGGCCGUUUCAGGACUGUUCGGGAGAGGUAUCGGCACUCUUGCACUAUUACUUUUCUACAGUCUGCCAUGUUCUUUCCUCGUUCGAUUCCUUGCACAAUCCAUUCCGCUCGGAAGUGCCUAGGCUAUUCAGUCAGUCUCCGCUGCUGCUCUACUGCGUGUUGAGCAUGUCCGCCGCACACCUGUACCAAAACGAAGAGUCAAAGAUUGCUGUUCCAUUGGAACUCCAGACCAAGGCCAUCUCAUACUUAGCUGGACAGCUACCCACGCCACCCCCUAUCGACGGGCUUGAAGUGUCCAUCCGCCAUGAAUCAACAGUAGGGAGAUUUGUUGGAUCUAAUGUUCAAGAUGAUGUACUGCUGGGGACUGUCUUACUAGGAAUGACAUCGGCUUGGCACGACGUAUCUUCCACGGGGUUAGUGCAUCUCCACGGAUCGAGGGAACUCUUCAAGGCUUGGAUGUCAUCCAGCCAUCUCAACACCACCAACGACAGAAGAGUAAUGGGCGCGACGCAAGUCUUUAUGAUCUCAUCCAUGGUGUACUGGGAAGCCAUGAGCUCCUUCAUCGUGGACCAAGACACAGAUGCCCUAUCCUAUCUAGACGUCUUCUGCCACCUCCCAUGUUCUCUCAAAAGGUACCCAUGUCCCUGGACAGGUGUCGGAACAGCCACGUUCAUCUACCUCACUAAAACGGCGGCGCUGGUGAGGAGACUGAGAGCUCUGCGGCGUAGCUCGUCGGGCAUGUUCCAAAGAAGUGACGGCAUUACCCAGGAUACAUCCUACUACUCGGAUCUCUUACGACAAGCCACGGCCUUGAUAAAGAGCAUUUCGGCACUUGAAGCGCCGACUGUGAGCUCAUUCACGGAUAUCGGAGAUGUUUUUACGCCUCUGGGUCACCUCAUCGCCAUGGAGCAAUGUUACCGGCUGGCGGCUCUACUCGAGUUGACUAGGGCAUUUCCCGAAGUAGUGGGCACACACGUCGUUCAGAACCACGACGCUGGGCUGAAUGAUGAUGAGCAGGAGAAGGACCGGCCGGUAGAAAGAGUUUGUAAUCUUGCUUUGAGAAUACUCUGGAUCAUGGAAGGGAUACCCGUCACAUCUGGCACCGUCUCGACGCAGCUUUUACCGCUCAUCAUCGCCGGGAGCGUUCUCGGUCUAGUUUCGAGAGAGAAUAUUGCCGGCGAAGGUAUCGAGUCUCUAGGCAGUUCGAAAGAGGUCGCAAGGUGGAGAGAUUUUGUAAAAAUACGCACCCGUUGGCUUUACCAGUUGAUUCGACUGAAGCCCGUGAGGCAUGGGUUGCUCAUCUUGGAGGAAGUUUGGGCGCGCUUGGAUAACUUAGACGCUGCAGGUUGCUCUGGUGAUCUCAUACAAAAGAGUCAAAGUCAUCAUUGGAUCGAUGUACUUCAGCCCAGACUUACACAUGAGAACCCGCAGACUUUACCAGGCAUUGGUAUCAGCAGAGACGGAGAAAUAUGUGUCCCCACCCGCCACGAUGUAGUCGACAACGGCGAUAGCAGAGACAGGAGUUAUCAUCCGCUCUACAACCCGUUGUUCUCCUUUCACACCAUGCCUUCAACUCGAGACGGCUACCUCUGGACUCCAUGCGGGGAGACGAUCGGUCUAAGUACAAAGGCAGUGAUCAAAUCUACCCUGGAAUCUUCCAUCACAGAAACAUACGACGUGAUUGUAAUCGGAAGCGGCUUCGCCGGUCUCAUUGCCGCGCGCAACCUUAGCCGUGACUCUGGCACUCGAGUUCUUCUCUUGGAAGGCCGAGAUCGCAUUGGAGGAAGGACAUGGACAGCCAAUGCGCUAGGAGAGGACUUUGAGAUGGGCGGGACAUGGAGGACAAACAGGCACCAACCCCACGUCUUUACAGAAAUCCACCGAUACGGCCUACAAUCCAACCUGAAGACGUCUUCAGGCACAGCUGCCGUGGAACACACAUUCUACACACCACAAGAUUCGAGGCCUGCGCUGGUCGAUACACUUGCCACCAACAUAGCCGUCCAAAAUGUCGCGGAUGCGUUCUUCUCCAUCGACGGUCUGUCCAGCCGCGAGUUGAUGCCUUAUCCCCACGACCCAUUCCGCCGUCCUGCGCUCUGGACAAAGUACGAUCAUCUCUCCGCCAAAGACCGCCUGGAUCAACUCGACGUCAGCCAACGCGACAAGGACCUCUUCGACGCCAUGAUCAGUUCUUUUGGCGCGGUCCCCGGCAGCGAGUGCGGUUUCACUGAAGUCCUGCGGUGGUAUGCUCUGGGAGGCCACUCUAUGGCCGGAACGUUUGAGCUUGCUGGGAUGUACAAGCUCGGUGGAGGCGGGAUGACUUCGCUGGCCCGAGCGAUUCUGGAUGACUACCGCGGACAUGUGGUGUUAAACGCCGUGGUUGAGAAGGUAGAGCAGCAGGGAUCGACUGUUGUGGUGUCUACGAAGAAUGGACGUCGGUUCGAGGCCAAGUAUUGUAUCUCAACUACUCCCCUGAACUGUCUGUCAGACGUGUCCUUCUCCCCCCCGCUCUCACCACUCAGAAUGGAAGCCGUCGGGGCAGGUCACAUCAAUAAGGGAAGUAAAGUUCAUUUCCGGCUUGCGAAGCCUGAACCGGGAUGGUUCUCCAUGGCGAAUGGAUAUGGGACUUCACCUUGGUGUUUUGCAUUCUCAGACCACAACGGCACCACUUACCAAGCAGACUCUGGCAACUUUUGCAUCGGGUUUGGCUAUGGCGCGCGUCAUAUCGACACGAAGGCGUCUGCUGAGAUGAUCACGACUUUUCGAAAUAACAUCAGACCUAAAGCUGAGGUAACAGCUUACCUCACCCACGAUUGGGCCAACGACGGCCUUGCCAAAGGGACAUGGAGUUGCUGGGGACCUAAUUCAAUGAGUAAGUGGCUUAGGGAGCUCCAAAGACCAGAAGGAAGGGUUCACUUCGCGAGCGCCGAUUGGGCCGAUGGAUGGCGAGGGUUCAUUGACGGGGCAAUUGAGAGAGGGACUACCGUAGGACGGGAAAUUGAGGUGUUGCUUGCGGGAGAUAAUGCCAUUGCUAAGCUCAAUGGAGCACCCACAGACAGCUUCAAAUACCAGUGUGCGGGCUUCUGCAGGUUUAAAAGUCACAUCCCCAAGGACCAAGAGCCUUGA